AUGGCGACUCCAGCUUUAGCCAAGCCGCUCGCGCCUACCCCCAAGCUACCAGACCUCUCCGGUGAAACCAUCGCUGUUCAGGUUGGCAAUGAAGUCGUUCACGUACACGAAUUUCUCAUUAGCAGCAGUUCCGAGUUCUUCAAGAAUGCCACAAAACCAGAAUGGAGGACCGAGUCUCGCCCAAUUGAUCUAUCCGACGAGCAGCCCCACAUCUUCAAGAGAUACUGUCAAUGGCUGUACUCUGGUCACAUUGCCCCAGACCUCCCAGAAAAAAGCAUCCUCCAGUGUCUCGCGUACAUGUACGUCCUGGGUGAGAAGAUCGUGGAUCAUGAAUUCCAGAAUGCAGUCAUACAAGCCAUAAUCUCUGAUAUGGGUCGAAAGAACAAGGUACCAAGCCUGGGAACUAUCAAGAUCAUCUACGAUGGAACGACCGAGGGAUCUGCUGCAAGACGUCUUCUUGUUGACAGUUGGGCUCACGACAUAAUUUCUUCCUGGAAGGCUAAGAAGGACCUUCUCGAGGAUGCCUAUAGGCCCUUUCUCAACGACUUGUUUCUUGCGGUAGUAGAAAAACGAUUAUCGUCACCUCUGCCCGAAAACGAACCAUGGAUCUUGCAGCCACACCCGUAUCACCGCGAGGCUGCUGUCCUCAAGAGCGACGUGGCGGAGCAGAAGGAUGGCGAGAUGAAUUCUGAACUUGUAGGUCGGGACCAGAUGGAUAUCUCGGAGGCUUGA